UCCCUUCACCAUCAAGAAGGCGCAUUUUGUCACCAUCAAGAAGGUACAUGUCUCCAUCAGUGUUGUUAAGCGAAGAAGGCAACUCAAGAGGGAGAAGCCGUGCAUCUUCCAGCUUAUCCACGGGGACGUAGCCAUAUGUCGCUGCGAAACAAGACAUGUUCACAAUUAUCAAUCGAUUGGAGGACGUACCGAAAUUCGCGAGUUCGUAGAAAUACGCGUCGUGUUCAGUACCCGUCGAGGAUCCCAUAGCAAGCAGCAGAAAAGAGAUAGAAAUUGUUCUCGCUUUUCUCUCUCUUGUUGGUGGGGUCAAAUAUCGCGAAAUCAAAGCCAUCAAGACAUUUGCCAUUUGAUGAAACGGCCGCACCGGGGGACUCAAGCGACCUCUUCCUCCCACAGUACCCGGCCGCACUCUGAAUACACAGGAGGACUUCUCAAACCUUCCGACAUCCAUUCGCCUGUGGACUUGUGACCGAGACCUGGGUGGACGACUACGAUGUGGCGGCCUCUCGGGAGGGGGAUGCUACGGAGAGGUGAAAAGGGGCGAUCUGGUGCUGUGGGAGCGGUCACGUGCCCCGUUUCGUUCAGAGGCGUGGCCCGAUUCUGGCCUGGUUGUCACCCACGUGCGCUUCAGCUGCCUACUACAGCGCCACACAAGCGAGCGAUGGUGGCGUCUCAUCGACCCACUGCGAGAUGAGGGAGUACAUCGGCUCUUCUUCGUCCCGCAUUCCCUUACACCAGAGCAGCGCCACGCCAUCAAAUCGACCCGCGAGCGACUCUUUUCGUACCUCCGUCGGAAGGAUGGGGGUGACGGCAACGAUGGCCAUGGGGGGGGCGGUGAUGGCGGCCGCGGGCAGCACCAGGGUGCUGGGGUUUAGCCCGGCCCAGCACAUCAGGCAGACCCGAUGGAUGGGGCUGCACCGCACAAUGCGGAUGAGGAAGGUGGUGUUGGCGGCGGAAGACACGCAAGCCGAGACCGACGUGCGGAUGGAUCAGGCUUGAGCCCGGGACAACAUGGGCGCCGCUGCGGAGGAUGCAGAGGUGAAUAUGACUGAUGGUUAGGAGACGCUAGAUGGUUACUCUGCACGUGGGUUGUGUCAGCACAGACGUCGCGAAUGUGUGUAGGUCAAAACGCAUCCUUAAUUCGAAGAAUCUUUCAUUCUCGCCUAAUAUGAGUGUCUACACAUGUACGCAUACAUCGAUGGAUACACGAUUACGGACACACCAUGGCCAGCGGAUUGAUAAAAGGAUGGGUCGAGACACCAAUGGCCGAGGAGGUGGGCAUAUCCUCGUGCUGAGCCAAUCCCACCCCCGUGGAAGGAUGGAUACAGUCAGGCCUCCUCACUCUAUCGGCUCCCAGAAGCCAUCCUCUGAGAAAAACCAAUCCCCGCCCCCGUCCGCCUCCCCGUCAUCCCGAGCCUCGAAGUCCUUGUCGCCUAGAUCGACGCCAUCCGGCCCGCCCCCCUGGUCGACAUCCAUCGGAUCGUCCUCAUCGCCGCCGCCCUCAGCCCUCUCGCCACCCCCCUCCUGCUCGGCGGGCGCUGCUGCAGGAACGGAUGUAGGACACUCUUCUGGCUUCCUCUUCUUCCCCCUCGUGCGGCUGGCCACACACUCCUUAUCCGCCCUGUCCUUGGCCUUGGCCUCCUCAGCGGCCUGCUUCAACGAACGCACCUUCUCCCGCACCCACUCCCUAUACUCAACAGCCAUCUCAAUAGCCCUAUCCAUAUCAUCCCUGUCAGCAGAUAACACCGGGAAGUUCUUGUGGAAGACGCGGCCAUCGUGAACGAGCUGACACCGAAUGUAAACCCUGAAGUCACUCCGACGGGUAGCAUACAAGCCCAUCCUGUCCGGCCAGCCGUCAUGGUCCUGUACAGAGUCCAGCCGCUUGUCCACCGCAUCCCUCGCCUUCUCGGCCUCAUCCUGGCUGGCGAAUACGUAAUCUGACAUGUCCGCAUCGGUCCAGCCUAUGCGCCUCCGAAUAUCGUUCCUCCAAGCGACGGCCUCCUGAAUGGCCUCCUUGACUCCCUCCUCGGUGGCCGAGAGGAUGCGGAAGUAACGGCGGUGACCAAACAUUUUCACCAGAAUGUAACACCGCUCUCCGAGACCUUCAUACCACAAAUUCAGAGGACCAUUCUCGCUCGCUCUCCGUUCCUGAAGUAGAUGUGUAGCUCUAUCAUGACAAAAAUUGGUGUCGUCAGGGGUCAUCCCUAUGCCGAAGAUCUUCAUCUUGUUGUCCGGCAUGUUGCAUUUCUCGAGCUGCUCCGCCCUGCAGUCGUAGGCCUUCUCCAGAAUUUCAUCAAUCACAUGAGGGUCAGCUGUUGGCACACGGAAGUAAGUUCUGAUCUCCUGGAUCAUGACGCCGAUGUGAACCAAUCCUUGACGAACCAUAACAUGCAUGUGUCGAACUUGAUGCCGCUCGAAACGCUCGUCAAGGCGCUUCUGGAUUAAUUCGAUGGCGCGUUUCUCGUCUUCAGGCGUCAUGGGUGCAUGUCUCUCCCUCUCCGCUUUCUCCUCCUGAAGUCCAUCAACAUGGCCCCGCCAAAUGCUGGCGUUGCCAAUGGUGCUGGGCGCCCUUUCAAAGAGCCGAGGGUCACGGGCAUCCUCUUCCUUGUGGAGACUGUCGUUGGCAGUAAUGUUGGUCCAGCACUCCGCCGUCUCCUCUCCGUCAUCCUCCUCUACACACAUGCACAGAGAUGCUAACCGACCAGGUUAUCUCUUUCUCUUCUCACCUGGCAGCUCGGCGUCGUGUGACUGAAAUCUCUCAUUUUCGAUGUCCUUUUACGAAAUAAUGGAAUUUACAAAAAUGAAUAAUUAAACUGACAGAUGACACACUAUUUCUUCAGUGUCUGCGAACCCAUUCAAUGGCUGCCUUCCUUCGCGCCUCUCCCGAGGGCUGCAUGAGGAUCCUCACUAAGUCAUCAACCACUACCGGAGGGGGCCUGGCUCCUCUCUUGCGGUUAAAGAAACGCCGGAUGUCCUGAAUACUACAGGUACCCCUACUGUACAUGGCCUCACUGAAAGAAACAAACAUAAGACUGUUCAGGUCCAUUUCUCUGUUUCUGCUGUCACUCACAAUGCCACAGCAUCCCACUUGGAGCUGCAUACGCCCCCCAGAUGGGUCGUCGGAAUGGUGUGCGUCGUCAGCAAGACCGUCUCGUUGUGGUGUUUUCUGUUGUUGACCUUGAACGAGCGAUAGGUGAUGAUAUCGUGCCACACCUGGUUCUCCAUCAAGAGGGAACUCUUCUUAUCGCCCUCGUCCGUGUAGAAGAGCUCCACAACAGGUGGGCAGGCGCUGUCGAGAUCACCUUGGUCAAGAGCGACACAAGACAUGGCGGGUAGCUUCAGCGACUUCAUCCAAGAAAGAAGGAAGAGAGACGAACGAGCGAGGACAGCCGUGCCAAGGUCCGAGACGUAAAGGUGGCCGAGUGCCGAAUUAUCGUGGCGAAGCCCCAAUCGACAUCGCUCCAGUGCAAUGAGGGCUCCCAGGAUGUAUUUGAUGUGGCCACCCAGAUGCCUUGUCGUCGGGUGUCGAUCCUGUGACUCUCCAGGGUACCCAAUGAGGAAACGUAAACCGGCGAGGACGACCUGCCAGACCCAAACGUAAGAAGUAGACGCGGCACGGGGGUUAUACAGUUGCGCGGUGGCCGCCUUGCGGACAAUCGUUCGGAACGUCGCCUCGCACGUGUCCUGAAUACUGUCAACACUCAAGUCUGACUUGGCAAGAAUGGUUAUGGCGAAAUGCAACUGCUGGACAAACACCUUGGCCUCCUCGUCCUUCAUCAGACUUUGGUUCUGCGAAUUGUACGCGCUGAUGAGGGAAUACUGAAUCAAUGUGAGGAGACCGACAGUGUCGACGGGAUAAUGGAUCUCUGCGCUGUAGAUGUCGGAAUAUUUCUUGACUUCCUUCUCCACCUUCCGCGCCCUCUCCUCCUUGCCGCGCCGAAUGCGUCUCGGGUUGUUGGGCUGAGGCGGGGGGUUGUUGAACGGCCGCGGCUCGUGGAACCCACUGCGGUUCCUCGUGUACACCCCUCCCAUUCCAAACGAGCCCGCUCGGUAGGUUGGAUGUAAAUGAUGACCAUCGUGGCAAACAAGAAAUCAUUCGUGUCUGUAUGUCUGUAUGUCUGUUCAGCCGCGUGGUGGCUAACAUGCCAUGCCCGGUGUGCACGAUCCGCGAUAAUGGCCAUUUGGCGGGCACGAUGAAGCCCCGGGGCCACGGCCGGACCGGACUGUGGUGCAAUUGCAUUAACAACAACAAGACGACGUGCACCUUCAAGUUGGAGGCCUACCAGUAGAUUCACCCAUACCUCAGCGGCGGUAAAAUCAAUUCGUU